UUGAUCGUUGUGUUAUAAUCGUUUGAGAGAAAAUUAUAUUAUGACUGGUCGUGGAAAGGGAGGAAAAGGGUUGGGAAAAGGAGGAGCAAAGCGUCAUAGGAAAGUUCUUCGUGAUAAUAUUCAAGGUAUCACGAAACCGGCCAUUCGUCGUCUGGCCCGUCGUGGUGGAGUCAAACGUAUUUCUGGCUUGAUCUACGAAGAAACUCGAGGUGUACUCAAAGUAUUCUUGGAAAACGUUAUCCGUGACGCUGUGACUUACACUGAGCACGCUAAAAGGAAAACCGUUACGGCUAUGGACGUCGUCUAUGCCUUGAAGCGCCAAGGAAGAACCCUCUACGGUUUUGGUGGUUAAAGCGUCGUUCAUUCUUGUUCGAUAAAAACGGCCCUUUUCAGGGCCACCAUAUUGUUCUUGCGUAUGAAUUCUCAGUUUCAAUUAUAUUAUAAUCUUAACAUUUUUAUACUCCCAUAUAAGUAAUACUAUCGUACAUUACCUUUUAUGUAAGUUGAAUGGAAAAAAUGUAUACACCCGAUUUUAAUUAGUUUUUAAGAUAUAACGUUUACAAACCCGAUUUUUAGUAGAUACGUUUCGGUUGAGUGGCAAGUCGUAAAAGCGGCCCUAUAUAGCAGGGGUCUACGCUAGGAACGGCAGAACCAAAGAAUAACUGCUCCAUUUUAUGUUCGACCUGAAAAGUGUUAUUUGAAAAUACAUUUUAAAUUACAUAUAAAUAUUACAAACAUAAUAUUACAAACGUCUGAUUAAAUUGCAUUACAAUUUAUUGAAAGUUGAAAUAUUGCAAAAUAAAAAUUGUGCUAAUUUUU